AGCUUCUCGCGCAAUGGGAUGGAAGCGAAAAUAUUUUUUAUGUUGGUCGUCUCUGAUACUGUGUUGGUAUCUUUUUUAUUUCUGUUUCGUUGGUUUGAACUUGAACUGGCGAAAAAAUGUCAAACGCAACGACUCUGAAAUGGAAACGCAAAUACUCAGGUUUUCGAACUCAGCAAAGUUUAACGUUUCUAAUUCAAAUGCGUUGCUCUCUCGGAGAGAUUCAAUGGCUGUCAUUCAUUCGGAUCUGUCUUAUUCCAGUGCGGUGAAUAACAAUACUCUCUAUCUGUUGAUUUUGCCCUUUUCAACCAAAGAGCUGGAAAUUGAUCGUGUACUGGAGGACAAAGACAAACAUUCCGCGAGGAAGUUGAGUGAUUUUCUUCGUUCAAGGAAACAAUUUCAUGGUGCAACUUGUAUGCAACAACAAGAAAGCCAUGAAAUGAAAGCCUCUGGAAAUUUCACGUUGGAUCAAUCUUGGUGUCGUUUUGUGAAAAAAAUGUGGAGCGUUCACAUUAGGAAUACAGGCCCUGUAAAAAACCUCACGCUACAAAAGUCUCUCAGGCUUGACUCCGACAGUGAAACUGGGACAACUUACGCGCUUGUACAAACCUGCAAUAUAGUACAAAGUCCAUUUGUAAUAAGGAAGGAUGUGUUUCAGAAAAUUGGAGGAUUAAUCGAAGGUUUUGGGAAAUUAUCCUUAUUGGAGUUUUUUCUACGAUCAAAGGGCGAAUUGAAGAUUGCAAAGCUUGGUUCUUGCACGUGGACACCCAAAAUCAAGCGUACGGAUCGAGGAAAUUUGAAAGGCUCAAAGGAGGUCCCUGAAUAUGCAAAUUUUGCCAAUAAACAUACGGUACUUCGGAUCGUAACGGAGAAUAGAAUAGAAUGGACGGCUUGUGUCGCAAACUGGAAGAUGUGCUCGGAGAAACCCUAUGUAGAGCCACGAGGUCUACCCGGCGUAGCUGCACCGAUAUGUUGCAGCACUGUUUUAUGGAAAAUGCUGAGCGAUUUUGUAAGAGGGCUAAACAAACUGGGGCUAGAAUACCGAAUUGUUGAUGGCACCUUGUUAGGGGCUGUCAGGAGUAAAGCGAUCAUACCGUGGACAUACGACGUAGAUAUUGCAUUACCUAGCUAUGUGUAUAAAAAUGCUUCAACGUAUACUGCUCUUGAAAAGGUUCUCGAAAACCAAUACUAUAUAGGUAUGUCUUUCAUGGACAUGCCCAGGGGGCAUAUUCUUGUGCCCCCGUACAUCGACGUAAAUACAGCCCCAUAUUUUGACGGGCCUGAAGACUUAGAAGGCAAAGCAUUAUUCAGUAGUGAUCUGGAAGAAGCAGUAAAGGGAAUGUUGCCAGUGUCUCAGUACUGGAGACAACGUGGCUAUGUAGAUUUUUAUGAGGCAGGUCAAGCCCUCAUGGAAGGAUCGUCCAUUGUCACCAUCAACAAUAAACAAUUCGUGACUGUGAAAGAUGUGGAUAAGAUGUUGAGUAUGAAUUACGGCAAGAACUAUCGGCAACCAGCACUGAAAGGAGAAUGGUCAGGUUUGUCAGAUCACAACGGUCCCUGAAGGAAAUAACUUAGAUAUAGUCUAGACUCUAGGAAUAAUACAGCGACGAGUUUGUGUCGGAUUAGGGACCUUAAAAGGAAAAAGGACGGCAAAGCUGAGGAAACAUGGAUUAAAAAUAAUGUAUAAUUUUCUUUACAAUUUCACAAAUGGGUGGCUGUGUCAGAAUUGGUCAUCUUGGUUCGCGUUCUUAGAACCACAGGUUUUGGUGAUGUCGGGAGUUGCUUUGCUGAGGGCGGCUUAAAUAUUUAUAUUGUUUGAAAACGCACGUGCUGAUCUGCACGGCUCUUUAUUUAGCAGGCACAGGAGCCCAUUACCCGGAGCCUCCAUACCAAUUGUACCCUUGAGUCAACCCUCUCCCUUUUUACUCGGGCUUUUCAAAGGAAAUACCCGAGUUGAAAUUCCGGCUUCGUUCGGUCGCAAAUAGCGGUCAAGUCCUCAUCACGAAUCUGCAACCUUUUGAAUCUGACGCAUGCGCGACGCUCUGACCUUUGAGCACAUGGCAUGGUGCAAUGGCGGACGAAGAGAAGCUUUCGCAGUGCAACAUCAGCACGGACACUGUGUAUAAUACGCUCAAAACGCAUACAAAAUAUGCACACAUCGUUUGCGGUAGACCCACACUAAAUGAUGUCGAGCGUUUUCGGAACGGGUCGGUCCGCGAACCUCAUGAGAGAUCUAAAUACUUAAAGAACUUUACAAGCAGACGUUGCCAGCACGAUGGCGUUCGUGCCAAAGGAAGAUCCCGAAGCUACGCACAGUUCGCUUAAAAUAUUUUUAACGACUAUUCUUAUUCAUCCUUUUUCUAGACGUGAGCCAAGACGUCUACUGGUACACAGGGUAGAAAAAGCCGAGUCAAGUUAGUCUUUUGUCUACGAGUUUGUUAUUUUACUUUAUUAUUUUUUGCAACUUGAUAGUUCAUUUUGUAAAGUUCUUUAAGUCUUUUACUACUAAGGUAAUAUAAAAUAUAAUUAGCAUGCUCUCGCAUUUAAUUUCGUGAGAUGGUUGAUUAUACAUGGGACCAGGGAGAGUAAGAUUUCAGGGGGAGGUGGAGGUUUCGUUCGAUUCUCGUAUUUCAUGUACGUGACAUAUUGUCGUCUCGCCUUAUUUUAGACAUUUAUGUCUUGUUUUAGAUGGUUUUAGAUAGUUUGCGAGAGGCUGUAGAUGUUUUUUAGGUGGUUGUAGGUGGUUUUUGAAAUUUUUGAGGUGGUUGUAGGUGGUUGUGGGUGGUUUUAGGUGGUUGUAGGUGGUUGUAGGUGGUUUUAAGUGGUUUUUAGGCGGUUUUAGGUCGUUCCAUGUUUUAGUACUUACGUUAUGAGUGAACCUUUCAUCGAGAAACACGCUAUGUCAACUGAGCUAUCUAAUGUUAAUCGAGGGAAGCAGAGAUGCAAAUCUCAUCGUGUAUGUAGACGCGAUCGUGAACCAAGCAGAAUACCAAUACGAAGUGAGAAAAGGUUAAGGAACGAGCAGAAAGGUUAGAAAAUUUGUCCAUGCACGUAUUCUCCCAUGUAUCCCCAUAUCAUCUA